AAUUUAUUUUGGAUGUCAAAAGACAUUGAUGAAGGUAUUUUCUCUGGAGUCUCCUUCCUUGCUCACCCGGCGCUUCCCGAUGUGAUCCGAGCGAGAGAGCUCCGUGCGCGCCCGCCCGAGCAACCAACACCACAAUGUCUCGCCGCAAGCAAGGGAAACCCCAGCACUUAAGCAAACGGGAAUUUUCGCCCGAACCUAUUGAAGCCAUUCUUACAGAUGAUGAACCAGAUCAUGGUACUUUGGGAGCUCCAGAAGGCGACCACGACCUCCUUACCUGUGGCCAGUGUCAGAUGAACUUCCCUUUGGGGGAUAUUCUUAUUUUUAUUGAGCACAAACGGAAACAAUGCAAUGGCACUCUUUGCCUAGAAAAGGCUGUGGAUAAGCCCCCUUCGCCCUCGCCAAGCGAGCUGCGAAAAAUUUCCAAUCCUGUGGAGGUUGGCAUCCAGGUCACACCUGAGGAUGACGAUUGUUUGUCAACGUCAUCUAGAGGAAUUUGCCCUAAACAGGAACAUAUAGCAGCACUGACAUCAGAACUAUAGAGUUCUGAUUGCCACAAUGAAUCGGAUGUAUUAGAGGUCAGCUCUUUAUUUGUUUCAUCAUGACUUUUAUACAGUUGUCACGUAAUUUAUAGUUUCUUUUGUGUUGUCAAACAUUUUCAUGGGAGGUCUCUCCUUAGCACACAGUAUACUCUGUCUCUUAAACACAGACUUGCAUACAUCAAACCAUGAAUUUUAAACAUGACUAUAUUAUUUUCUAAUCUGGGACUCAAGAAAAAAACCAUGCUAUCUUCAGGCAAACCUAGAUAUGGUAGCUAAUUAUAAAUAUUUAUUUAAUUAAUAUUAGAUGAGGAUUUGUUUUCAAAUUCUUUAUUAGCUUUGCCUGUGAUUAUUCUAUAAAGAAAACAGCCUUACUCUAGUGCAAUGAAUGAGCUUUCCAAUUGAGGAUCUAUGCAUCAAAAGUAAUAUUAAUUGGUCAAUUUUUAAAUUAAGUUUUGGUUAAAAAUAUCAAUCAUAAUAUAAUCUGUAGAAAAAAUUAAUCUGUAAGUUUAUAUUGCUGACAGUUUGUUUUUGAUAGGAAUCUUCAGGAAGACCUUUAAUUGUUCAGGUUUUAUCAGACAUUUGGAAUUGGCUACUGUUAAAGUGAACUGGGCACGCUAGUUAAUAAAGUUGCAAGUUUAUAUGUCAGAUACUUCAUAUUGUAUGUUUCAUGUUUAUAUAGGAAGAAAUGUCAAAUUUAUUUUGGAGGCUGAGCUGUAAAACAGUUUGGAUAUUUCAUCUGGAUUCUUUCAGAUGAAGCUUUAUCAUAGAAUAACAUUGUCUCAUUUAUGAAUUUGUUACCAGGGAUCCAAAUUUCUACUACAAAUAUCCUAUCUUUCCUUGCCUAUGUUUCUUCCUUUUGUUUUCUUAGCAAUAUUAAGAGGAAGAGGUAGAAUAGCUCUAAUUGGGUUUGAAUGAUAGAUUGUAGUAUGUAUGUAUUUAUUCAAUUUAUAUUUUUCCUUUCCAUUUCUUGAAUAUGCAAGUCACCUAACGGACUUUCCUAAUUUUUUUAGGAAAAGCCACUAGAGUCACUUUAAGCUGUUCUGAAAAUGCACAGAUAAAUGAGCAUUUAAAUAAUGGGCCUACUGUGGUAAGUAAGCAAAUGAUAAGGAAUUUUUUUUAUCUUUGAUUAGAAUAAGGAUCCUGUGCUGUUUUCUACCAAUCAUAAUUUGCUUUUUGCAAGUGAGCUUUGAGAAUGUGUAUUACGUUGCAUUCUCUUCUAUACCCACUCUCCCUUUUUACUGGUAUUAACCAUAGUGAUGCAAUGUAUAGUAUAAAAUUGGAACCAUUUGGGAACAAAGCAACACAGAAUUUCCAGAAAUAAUUGUAGUGGCUGCAGUACAAUUUCACAAACUGACUACGAGUAGCAUAGCAUGACUGAGUUAUCAGAAUUAUUCAUUGGAAACUUGCCAGAGGUUUGAAUUUGAAUAUAGUAAAAACAAUUGGAACCAUCAAGUUGAGAAGGUUUAGGAAAAUAAGUGGAUAUGGAACUUUAAGACUGAAACAGUCUUAAAACAUCUUGUUCAUAACAUGCCUGAUAUAAGAGUUACUGAAAAGAAGAAAGUCUGGUUCAUUGAUAUUGCUAUUCCAGGUGAUGCUAGUACAGUA